AUGUCUCCCAUUUUUCAGGUGCUUCGCCUAUAUAUAGAGGCAUGGAAAUCAAUGGACAUUGUGUUUCUGAAAGCAAAAAAGAAAAUUGUAAGAAACAGGGCAGUUCAACAGUUUAACAUGAGCUGCAGAGAGCAAUCGAAGACUGUUCUUGCGAUGCUUUUCGUUAAUUUUUCAUUUGCAGCCGUGAAUAUACUUCUUAAAAAGGUUAUUGAUGGAGGAACUAACCAUAUGGCUAUUGUCACGUACCGACUGUCAAUUGCUGCUAUUUUCUUGGCGCCCAUUGCUUGCUACUGCGAAAGGAAAACCAGACCCAGGAUUCCAUUUAAGAUCUUAUGCUAUCUUUUCCUUGGCGCUCUUGUCGGGGUAACACUCACACAAUAUUUGUUCCUCCUGGGACUUGAGUAUACGUCUACUACAUUCUCAUGCGCAUUCCUCAACAUGGUGCCUGUAAACACCUUCAUAUUGGCUCUUCCAUUCGGUCUGGAGAAAGUGAAUGUUAAAAGCAAGGCAGGAAGAGCAAAGUUGUUAGGUGCAACGAUCUGUAUGACUGGAGCUAUUCUGUUAACUGUUUAUAAAGGAAUUCCAUUGACUCACCCUCAUUCAGGAGACCUUAAGAACCAUGUUGCUGCUAUGAUGACGGAAAAGAAGAGACAUAGAUCAUGGGUUCUCGGUUCCAUUUUUCUGAUGGCUGGCUGCGUUGCGUGGUCUUCGUGGUUUCUUAUACAAGCUAAAAUUGGCAAGACAUAUCCAUGUAAAUAUUCGAGCACUGCCAUUUUGUCUUCCUUCGCCGCAAUCCAGGCAGCCGUAGUCACUUUGAUUUUUAACAGGAACGUUACCGUUUGGGUUUUGAAGGGGAAAUUGGAGAUCAUAACCAUCGUAUAUGCUGGAGUGGUGGGUUCAGGAUUGUGCUAUGUAGGGAUGUCAUGGUGUGUGAAAGAAAGGGGUCCUGUAUUCACUGCUGCAUUCACCCCUUUUACACAGAUUUUUGCUGCAAUGUUUGACUUUUCUGUCCUGCAUGAUCAAAUUUACCUCGGAAGUGUUAUCGGAUCCAUCCUGGUUAUUGCUGGCCUAUAUACUCUCCUGUGGGGUAAAAGCAUUGAGGCAGAGGAAUGUGCGAUGAAGCAAAAAAGUGUAGUAGUGAAGAGAGACGGAAACAGUGAUGUAGAAUCACAAGUACCUGCAGAAAAUAUCAAUCGGACAAGUUCAUAAUACCCAUUCAAUAAUGAUCUAAUGACCCUUUUAACCAAUAAAUUUUGCAGCUCGAGGCUAUCCAAAACUGUGGUGUUAUGAAAUGAAAAUGUGCAACGACAUGCAGCCGUCAGGAUAUUAAUGUGUUGAACUGGAAGAUCAAUUAGUAAAUAUUUAGCUGAUAAGCAGAAACUAUUAGAUUGACAAUGUGCCUUGGAUUUCUGUAACCAGAAUAUACAAAAGAGUUGUUACAGAGAUAUUCAAUUCGAUUAUUCAGUAAUAUAAUAUAAGUAGAUUUUCGUGCACUUUGUGUGCACAUGACUGAUUA